CCAUAACAACGUGGUUUUAUUGAAAUUGCCAGUAGUUUUUAUGCGCGUUUCUAAAGCUGCAGUGAGUAUCUAUUAAUGUCAUUUUAAGCGUCGGAUCCAAAAUGGUAUUAUAGCUUACACAUACUAGCUGCCAUCCUUUAAAGGACACUCGGUCACAUACCCAAAGCUAGUUGUUUGUUAACCUAGCUCUGUUUUUACUCCACGGUAGCAACAUUUUUACAAUGAAGCACACGGACGAUAAGCAGCAGCAUCCCUCCCUCUAUUUAGGAGUUUGUUGCCAGAGUGAGGAACCUCGUCUUCCGCUGCACACCUCCAUAGCCCUGUUUCUUCUGUCGUACUGCGAGUGCAAGUCUUUCAAAGUUUUUCUGGUCUUCAGCAAACCUACCAGUUUCCAGACACUGAAGAGUCAGCUGCCGGAGUCUGUGGAUGUGUCUGACACUCAGCUGGAGGAUCUGCCCCAGUUGGUGAAAGGUUGCCGUCUCCCAGCUGUUUUGGAUGAGACGGGGCGGCUCUGCAGAGCUGGACUGGCAGUGGUCCUGAGACAUAUCAUCAACAAGACCUUAGAGGCCGACCCUUCUAGAAAUGAUGUGCUGGCACUGCUGGGCUUUAAGAAGACCUGUCUGAAGGCCUGUGCAGAGGUGAGCAAGUGGACCAGACUGUGUGAAAUUGGCAUCCCCUCUGCCGUAGAAGAACACCUCCAAAAUCCCACAAAUCAAUAUCAGCAGCUGCCUCUCUCCAUCCUCACCUUAGAGCAAAGGCUAGCGGAGCCUGUCAAAGUCCACAAUGAUGACAAAAUACGAAGGCAGAAACUCCAAGAGCAGAGGCAGAAUGAAAAGAAUGAGUCCCCUAGAGGCCAAGGAGAUGUUGACAAUGAGUCCAAACCUGGACAGUCGGCUCAGGUCUGUGAUACACUUGAGCUCAGGGCUGCUUUGGCCAAGCUGUCUGUGGAUUCAGUUCCAGCUUUGACCACUAGAGAGAACUCCGAGAUCAGGAAAGUGAAGACCACAGAUCUCCCUCCGCUGGAGCGCGUGUUUGCUGAAGGACUGUACUUCACUCUGACUGAUGUGGUGCUGCUGCCAUGCAUCUAUCAGUACCUGUGUUCCCUCCAGGCCCACGCUGCAGACACUCUUCAUCGGCUCCCCCACCUGCUGCAUUGGUACAGCCGUGUUCAGGAUGUACCAGGGGUCCUCCGGGCAGCCAAAGCUUGUGGCAUGGCUCUUUCAAUCCCCCAUGUUCCCACAUCCGGACUCCCAGAGCCGUCAGCAGAGGACAACCCAACUAGCCCCCCGGAGCAAGAAGAAAACCAGGAGAUGACCACAGACCAGCCUUUUGUCGGUGGCCCCAGACCCACAAUGACUAAACUUAAAGAAAAUGGUAUCGAGGCAGUCUUCGCUCCUCAUCCUUGCCCUGCCUGGACCCUCCCGUGGGACAGCUUACCAGGAGCUAUCAACCCCACUGAAGGGAAAAUGUCAAAUAUCCGUGCUGUCAGGAAGAGGCAACAGCUGAAUAACUUGGUUGCCACGGUUACAGAGCUAGCCAGGCCGGGGUACACCAUUGUGGAUUUCUGCAGUGGAACGGGCCAUGUAGGGAUUGUUCUGGCUCACACUCUUCCAGAUUGCCAGGUCAUCCUCAUAGAGAACAAAGAAGAAUCCUUGGUGAGGGCCCAGUGUCGCAGCGAAGAGCUCGGUCUGAAAAACAUCGGCUUCAUUCAGGCCAAUCUGGAUUACUUCACCGGACCUUUCCACAUCGGGGUGGCCCUCCAUGCGUGCGGCGUUGCAACAGACAUGGUGAUGGAGCAUUGCAUCCAGGCCGGAGCGUCCUUUGUCAUCAGCCCCUGUUGCUACGGCUUCAUCCAGAACGCCGUCAAGUUCACCUUCCCCAAGAGCAAAAGGUUCCAAGAAACUCUGACUUAUAAGGAACACAUGAUCCUCUGCCGUUUUGCAGACCAAACUGCCGUCCAGCUCCCUCCUGAGAGGCGACUCAUAGGUAAACAGUGUAUGGGCCUGGUAGACUUGGACCGGUCGUGGGCAGCUGAGACUCAGGGGUACUCGGUGCGGGUGAUGACUAUGGAGCCUGAAAGCUGCUCACCAAAAAACAACAUGCUAGUGGGAAGGCCGCCGCAGAAAAUUGGACUGGAAACCAGUGCUAGUCAACUGGAAGCACUGGUGCAUAAUUAGGACUGGAAGCACCGGUAUGCAGCAGAGCAUCUUCAGUAUGGUCGGGGUUUGAUAAAGUGCCCAGUCUCUGUGGCUUUAGGCUGUGUCAUGACGUCUCAACUAUUUUGUAUCCACCCUCAGCAUUUUCUUUUUAUUUAUUUCCUUUGAGUCCUUUUGUAAGAAAUGGCCUCGGAAAAUAAAAAAAAAGAUAUGUUUGCUUAUCAUUUCUGUA